UAUAUCAUAUAGACAGCAAUGCGACUUUAUACAGUGGCACUAUGUUGCUACGGCUACAGGCCAUAGCAUGCUUGGCACUGGUCAUACCGCUCGCGGUAUUAUCUUUCAGACGUCGUGAUAAUGGGUCACAACUACACCGUGGAUUCCACCCAUUCUACACUUUGUGUCUUAAAGAUAACAUAAAUCGUUAUAAUAAUGGAUCACAUCUAUAUUCAGUGUCUAUUGACCAAGAGUAUGUGAAGAAUAAUGAUGAAAUCAAAAAGACAUUGAAUCUCCCGCAAAAUAUAUGGCCUAAGCGAAGUAAUUUCUUCAAGGCUAACAUUGAACGGCAAAUACGCAUACAGUCAUUUUGGAAACACUAUGAUGUAUACCGGCUACUGUUGGAAAGGCGGUUGGCAUAUUUUGGUAAUAAAGAAUUCAACGACUCCAGAGUAACGCAAAAAACGUGUAUUAUUCUCGAUGGACCACCUUACGCCAAUGGUAAUGCGCAUUAUGGCCAUUUUCUUAACAAAACGAUAAAGGAUGUGCUUUUAAGGGCAUCACUGCUUGAUGGUAAGCUUGCACUGCUCCUACCAGGGUGGGAUUGCCAUGGUAUUCCCAUAGAAUCCAAGGUAUUACAAAACACUGGGUACCAUCCAGGGCAGUCACGAACUGAUAUCACAGAAACGGGAUUGCCACUAGCAGUUGAUAUAAGGCAAAAAUGCAGUCAAGUAGCAACGAAAUCUAUCGAGGCCCAAAAGAAGGUUUUCGAAUCCGCUGGAGUAUGGGCACUUUGGAAAGAUUUUUAUGCUACGUAUCACUUCUACUAUGAGCAGCAGGUGAUGGAGGCCUUCGAAAAGCUUCUGCAAUCUAAUCUUAUAUACCGUGCGAGAUGUCCACAACACUAUAGCACGCAGUCACAGUCAGUGCUAUCGUACGCCGAACUGCAGACUAAGCAAUUAGAUACAUUAACUGCUUUGGUCGGUUUUGAACUUGUUGAUAACACCGAUGUUCUGCGUGCACUGGAUUUCCAUCGUCCUCUAGCUGAAGUACGCCUGGUAUGUUGGACCACUACACCGUGGACAUUACCAGCGAAUCGCGGUGUCUUAAUAAACGCAAUCACUGAUUACAACCUUUACUACAGGGAUGGCAUUUUAUACGUCAUGAACAACAAUGAGAACUUCGGUAUUUUCUCGGAGAAGCACUACGUGGGAACGCUGAGCGGCUCAAUAUUCGUUGGAAAGGAAAUUAUUAAUCCCGUUACAGGUGCUAUAUAUAAGGUCCACGACCACUGCGGUGUUAUUGAAGAUAAAGGCACGGGUAUUGUCCAUGCAGCACCGGCACAUGGCAUGGUUGAUUUUAAGAUACUCUCGAAUUACCCAGGAUUCACGAUACAUGAUGGAUAUGUAAAUGAUCCCAAUGCUAUAACGAAUGUUAUAGACGAAAACGAACGCUACUACCCUGGAGUACACCCGCUGCUGGAUAAUAAACUUAUUAAAGAGGUCGACACCGAAUGUCUACGAAAAGUGUUGGGAACUUCACUACUCCACACUGAGGUACAGAACCUACCCGUUGAUGUUGACAAUAGAUUUGGUAAUCGGACACACGUAAGGUUGACUAAACAGUGGUUCCUGUCACUAUUACAGCGGAAGGCGUGCAUACCUAAAUUGGAUGAAAUGAAGAUAUACCCAGAAGGGGCUAAAAACUACCUGAAGAAAAUCAUAGCCAAUCGUGCACAAGAUUGGUGUAUAAGUAGACAAAGAAUUUGGGGUAUACCAAUACCCAUUGCGUUCGUAGAUGUGGACGCCCUGGAUGACCCGGAACUGGCAAAGCUAUACAACAUAGAUUACCACGUACCAGGGACUGCACAGGGAGAAUACUGUCUAAAAGUUAAUGUAGACUCUUUGCCACACUAUGAAUUAGGCGAUCGCGUCUUCAGGAAGUUGAACUACAAAGCUGAUUCACUGGAUAUAUGGUUCGAAUCAGCAUUAGCAAACCGAGUAACCAUUAACAGACUUCGAGAAAUACUGUUGACAAUGGCCAAAAAUGUAGCUCCACAGCAAAACUAUGAAUUUAGGGAACUGAUACCCGAAUAUGCAAUAGAGGGACAGGACCAAUUUAGGGGCUGGUACCAAUCGUCGAUAUUGGUUAACUACCUGUUGCAAAACGAUACCAAAUGCCUACUCGCCAAAGGGAUCAUUACACAUGGAUUCGUGAACGACGAUAGUGGUAACAAGCUAUCUAAGCGUAAUCAACCUAGUGAAACACAGGAUACAGUGAAUCUUGAUAAUAUGAAGCAUACCACUACAGAUAACAUCGAUCAGGAUGGUACUGACGCUCCAUUAACGGGGCCGUCCAAUAAGAAAUUGACCCAUAAGCAACAAAUCGAUAUACCCAAUGUGGCCAAAGCUGGAUUGGACAAAAUGCUAGGUAUGGAAUACUACGAAGAUACAGAACUGAUAGAGCUCGACGAACCGCAGAGCCUUGGUGCAGACGUCUUGAGACUCUGGGCCUGCAGCAACGAUUUCAAACGCAAGGAUAUACAGCUGAAUAAUUCCAACAUAUCAGAAGCUGUUGAUCUUGCAAAGAAGAUUGCUAACUUCUUCAAAUAUGCCAUAGGGGUUACGCACGACUGUAAGAUUAAGAGUGAUACGUGCCGUUUACGGCUGGAUUACUUUAAUGCCCUGGAUAUAUACAUGCUUAAACUGUCAUACGAUCUUGUAUACACCGCUAGAAAAUACUUCAAAGAAGGUUGUCUGCACAAAGUUGUUCGAGAAUUGGAAAUAUUCCUAACACGCUUCUCAAAUAUAUAUGUCUCAUACUGCAAGGAUAGGCUUUACUGCGAUGUAAAGCACGGAUGGUCACGUACAUGCGCACAAAUCAUAAUUAAAAAGAUAAUGCGUAACGUGCUAGACGUCGUGGCCCCGAUAAUGCCGCAUAUGGCAGAGGAUGUCUACCAGACGAUCCAUAACGUCACAAUGCCACAGAAAAGAAAGGAUAUGGCUAACAUCAAGUCAGUAUUUGGGAAGAGAUGGAUGAAGAUGCCAAACUACCUUUCAAAAGUAGAUGUCAAUACCGCGAUAGGCACCUUGCUGGAUUUGAGGAAUUUGGUUAACAAAUUGAGACCGCAAAGAGAUGACAAGGAGCUUAUCAUUCUAUGUGACAGUGAUGCCACAAUAUCGCAAAUGCUAAAUGUAGAAACCACUGCUAAGGUAGACCUCAGGUUACUCCUAGGGGUGGCCAACGUAAGAAUUCUACCCAAGUCAAGGGAUUAUGUACCUCCAGAAACGUCGAUAAAAGGAAACGGUUAUGAAAUUUGGCUUGUGGAAACAGACUACAGCAAAUGUCAAAGAUGUUGGCUAUAUAGACAGGAGGUUACACAAGGGUUCUGCGAAAGAUGUGCGUCCAUAUGUACCAGCCCACCGGAUUAUGAUAUGCCAAUGGAUUCUACAGAUACAUCUGAUCAGGAGACCGUUGAAGAAGAGGUCGAUUGCGCAAUGCUGGAUGACAACGAUGGCACCAUAGAAGAUGAAGAAUAUUUUGACGAAUAAAUGCGUAGUGAGACUUUACUAGACAGCGAUGUCAUCUAUAGAAUACCUAAGCAA